GAGAGACAUCCACAGCCCUGCUCAUGAAGCAGGGCUGCGGAUGUCUCCCUGUCUCCCCCAUUUAAUCUAUCUCUGUCUCUAUCCAAUAAUAAAAGAAAAAGAUAAACAGAGAACUGAGGAUGGCAGGGCCAGAGUUCAAAGCCAAAAGGCAGUUGUCCUGAGGACAGAUGACUCUUGGUGCUGCUGCUGUUGCUAUUGAGAGCUGAAGGCCAGACCACCACAGGUGAAUUCACUCAACCGGCCCCAAGCAUGUCAUCAGCUGCCUGUGCGGCAUGGUGUCCGCAGAAUGCCACAUGCAUCAAUGCCACCGCCUGCUCCUGUCUGCCCGGAUUUGCCUCUUUAUCUGGGGAGAUGAUCACCAGUCCCUCAGACGGCUGUGUUGACAUCGACGAGUGUGGCCCUCCCUGGCCGGUGCAGUGCGGAGAAUCCGCAAAGUGCGUGAACACCGAAGGCAGCUACGUGUGCGUGUGCCUCCCGGGUUACGAGUCUCAGUCCGGGGCCAUGUGGUUCCAGCAUGAGAGUGAGAACACGUGUGAGAGUGUGCUCAAGUGCAUCUCAGAGAAGUCCCCCUGCCACAACUCCACCUCCUGCGAGAACACCCAUCGCUCCUACAUGUGCUUCUGCCUGCCAGGCUUUGCACCCAAGGCCGGAUUCCGGGACGGACAGACUAACACCAUUUGUGAAGAGGUCUCCUUUCCUGCCUGGGCCCCACCCCCUGGAAUCCAGAGCGAGAGUCUCUCUCACUUUUUCGACAAAAUCCAGAAUUUGAGUAGAAACUUCAGCUCAUUCAAGGCCUGGGAUACCAUGCAGACGCUCAUACAAGAUGUGGACCAACUUUUGGGGCUCUCCGGGGACCUGGAGACCCUGCCCAGCUCAGAGCAACUCAGUGUGGCUUCUCACCUGUUGGGGGGGCUGGAGGAUGUCCUGAGGGGACUGAGCAGGGUCCUGAACUACGGAAAGUUUACUUGUAGUUCACCUGAAGGCACAGAGCUGACCCUGACGGUGGCUGACGCAGGAACCGGAAACGUCACCUUGACUCAGAAUCGGACGCAGAUGUUGAUGAACUGGGAUGCGGUGCAGGGACCUGGUCGUUUGGCCGUGGGCUUCGUCUCCACCCCAGGGAUGGGCAAGCUGAUGAGAGGUACCUCUCUGGUCCUGGACCCCGAGGGUCAGUCAUUCCUGCAUGGAACCAGGAGGGUCCGACUGCUGGAGGUCCCCCCUGACCUCCUGUCAGACGUCAUCACCGCCUUUCUGAGCAUCAAGGACACGCAGAACCUCAGCUCCCCCGUCACCUUCACCUUUAAGCACGUGAACAUGUCUAUGAGCCCCCUGGAGCCCCCAACGCCUCCCUCUUCUCCUUUCCUGCACUUGGAGACUCUUAGGCCAAGGCGGAAAGAGCUUUGCGUCUUCUGGGAGCGGGGCCAGAAUGGGUCCGGUCACUGGGACACGAGAGGGUGCAGGACAGUGGGCAUCACAGGGAGCAGCACCACCUGCCAGUGUUCCCACCUCAGCAGCUUUGCCGUGCUCAUGGCCCACUACCACGUGGAGGUCCAGGAGGAAGACUUCGUCCUGGACGUCAUCACCUACGUGGGGCUGGGUCUCUCUCUGCUCUGCCUCCUCCUGGCCGCCCUCACCUUCCUGUUGUGCAAAGCCAUCCAGAACACCAGCACUUCCAUCCACCUGCAGCUCUCGCUCUGCCUCUUCCUGGCCCACCUGCUCUUCCUCACGGCCAUCGACAGAACCGAGAUCCGGGUGCUGUGUGCCAUCAUCGCGGGGGCCUUACACUACCUCUACCUGGCCGCCUUCACCUGGAUGCUUCUGGAAGGCCUGAAUCUCUUCCUCAUGGCCCGGAACCUGAUGGUGGUCAACUACUCGGGCGUGAACAGGGCCAUGAAAAAGUUCAUGUUCCCCGUGGGCUAUGGGGUCCCUGCUGUGAUCGUGGGCGUGUCUGCAGCCUCCAGGCCUCACCUGUAUGGGACCCCUGACAGAUGCUGGCUGAAUCCAGAGAAGGGAUUCUCAUGGGGUUUCCUCGGACCUGUUUGUUUCAUCUUUUCUGUCAAUCUGACAUCCUUUCUGCUGACUUUGGGGAUCCUGAGGAAAAAGCUGUCUUCCCUCAACAGUGAUGUGUCCACCUUCCAAAACACGAGGAUGCUGACGUUCAAGGCCACGGCCCAGCUCUUCAUCCUGGGCUGCACCUGGUGUCUGGGGGUCCUGCAGGUGGGUCCCGCCGCCAAGCUCCUGGCCUAUCUCUUCACCAUCGUCAACACCCUGCAGGGCGUCUUCAUCUUCUUGGUCUACUGCCUCCUCAGCCAGCAGGUGCGGGAGCAGUAUGGGAAAUGGCUCCGAGAGUUACAGAAGAACAGAAGCGAUUCUGAGAGGUACACUCUCUCCAGCAGGGCUGUGUCCCAUGCUGAGGAGUCGCAGUCAGAGCAAAGAAUGUGUCUUCAAAGUCAAUGACCCGCACGCGGCAUAUGCUCAUCCUCGCUCUUGAAAGAAAUAGCUUCCUGGCACUCAUUCUCGCAGAUGUUUUUUGCCACACCCAUGAAAUACAGGGAACCAACGAACUAGCUCAGUGACACCGUGAAGAGUCAGGUAAAGAAAGGAAAAGAAAAAAAAAAACAAGGAAAACCAGAAGACAGGACAUUCUAGGUGCUAUUGUCUGGCCUCUUCAUCAUCAUCAUCUUCUUUUUUUUUUUUCAGCAAUAUUUGAAAAAAUUGCAUUCAGUUGUAUGUAUGAUGAAGUGUUUGGUUAGGCUGAUCUUAUCUUUGAGAGGUAGAAACUAGAUUGGGGGGGAAUAAAACUCAAGAAGCUGAAAAGGAAAGAUAGAUAAAUGAGAAAUAAUAAAGUCAAAGAACACAUGUUAAAAACAGUGUCAAGGUAGAUAGAAGCAUUCUAUCUUAUGUCCUCAAGGAAUUCAGUGAAACAUAUUUCUACUGUUGUAACUAUUGGUUGGUAGUAUUAUAUAACUUAGAGGUAUUUCACAUAGUCCGGGAGGUGGUGCACUGGACAAAGCAUUAGACUUUCAAGCAUGAGGUCCUGAGUUUGAUCCCUGGCAGUGCAUGGAUCAGAGUGAUGUCUGGUUCUUUCUCUCUCCUCCUACUUUUCAAGCAAACAAACAGACAGACAAACCAACCAACCAACAAUAUAUCUUUAUUCAAGGAGUGGACCCAUUAUAAGAAUUUUGAGUGAGCUGAAUUCUUUUCGCAGUUAGUAGAUAACGCUUGCUGUUAUAUGCCCCCCUCCCGCAUAACGGGGUAAUCAAGUCUCAUGAAAAAUCACCAACAGUCUGAAGGAGUCUGUCAGUCAAGGAUGUUGUGACUAUGUCCAGUGGGCCGAGAGGGUUUCGGGAUAAAGAGAUUCAACUCUCCCCAUGAAUCUCAACAAGAGAGAAUCCAGCUGAAGACAGAAUGUAGAAACAAUGUCUGGCCUCUUCUAAAUCCAAUGUCACCUAUAAAACCAACUCUAGAAGUAGCUCUAGGACAAAAAGAUGAAGGACAAACAGAUGAAGGUUACAGACUUGUCCAACUCAUUGUCAACUGGUGUGGCAUUCUGACUCAGGCCGGAGCUGUAAAAGCCAUUUUUUUUUUUUUUUGGAGGCUACUGGACUAAUUUGGGUCUGUAUUGGAGACUAAAAGUCUUGAUGAGAUCAUUUGUUAUCCUGAUGUAUUUAUUCUACUGUGCUGAUGUCAAGAAUUUCCCCUGAGUAUUCAAGUAUUUGUUGAAUAAACAUUGAAGAAUAUUGCUCAA